GAUCGAAAUCAAUAACACACUCGAAAACACACACACACAGAGUCUGUGUAGAUUUCGUCUUCUCUCAAAAUGGCGUUCUUGUCUUCCUACACAGGAAACAAUCGCCGAGGAAGUGGAUGGAGUAACUCUAUACUCCCAACAUCAAUCACAAAACCAAAACUCCCCCGUAACGCCAAAUCUCGUAGACGCACAUCACUUUUAGAUUUCUUCUCCUCUAAUUUCUUCUGUAUAGGUAUUUCAAUCUCUUUCUUAUUCUUCUUAGCUGUUAUUUUUCGUUACGGUAUUCCAAAUCCAUUAUCAUCUACAAAAUUUCAUACCAGUUCCAGGUCUAGAAAACCUAUCAAUUACAGAAAACCCAUAAACAGUACUAGUUUUGCUCCCUCAGAUGGUGCUGUUGUUGAUAUAACUACCAAGGGUUUAUAUGAUAGGAUUGAGUUUCUUGAUGUUGACGGUGGACCAUGGAAACAAGGAUGGAGAGUUGGUUAUAAAGGAAAUGAGUGGGAUAACGAGAAAUUGAAAAUUAUUGUUGUUCCUCAUUCACAUAAUGAUCCUGGUUGGAAAUUAACUGUUGAACAAUAUUAUGAUCAACAAUCAAGACAUAUUCUUGAUACCAUUGUUGAUUCUCUUUCUAAGGAUGCUCGGCGGAAGUUUAUAUGGGAAGAGAUGUCGUAUUUGGAGAGAUGGUGGAGAGAUUCAUCACAAGCGAAAAAGGAAUCAUUCACUAGUUUGGUGAAGAAUGGGCAAUUGGAAAUUGUUGGAGGUGGUUGGGUGAUGAACGAUGAGGCAAAUUCACAUUUUUUUGCCAUCAUAGAGCAGAUGACAGAGGGAAAUAUGUGGUUGAAUGAAACAAUUGGGGUUGUCCCGAAAAAUGCUUGGGCAAUAGAUCCAUUUGGUUACUCACCUACCAUGGCAUAUCUGCUCCGGCGCAUGGGUUUUGAGAACAUGCUUAUUCAGAGAACCCACUAUGAGCUGAAGAAAGAGCUCGCUCUGCAUAAAAAUUUGGAGUUUAUAUGGCGGCAGAACUGGGAUGCCGAGGAAACCACUGACAUCUUUGUACACAUGAUGCCUUUCUAUUCUUAUGAUGUUCCACAUACAUGUGGCCCUGAGCCUGCAGUUUGUUGUCAGUUUGACUUUGCUCGAAUGCGGGGCUUUAUGUAUGAGCUCUGUCCUUGGGGGCAGCAUCCAGUUGAGACAGAUCAAGACAAUGUGAAGGAGCGUGCACUGACACUAUUAGAUCAAUACAAGAAGAAGUCAACUCUAUACAGAACAAACACUCUUCUCAUUCCUCUAGGAGAUGAUUUUCGUUACAUUAGCAUUGAUGAAGCAGAAGCCCAAUUUAGAAAUUACCAAAUGCUAUUUGAUUAUAUCAAUUCAAACCCUGAUUUGAAUGCUGAAGCAAAGUUUGGUACUCUUGAAGAUUACUUUGGAACUCUACGUGAAGAGUCUGAAAGAAUAAACUAUUCUCUUCCUGGUGAGAUAGGUUCUGCUCAGAUAGGGGGUUUCCCUUCUCUAUCAGGUGAUUUCUUUACCUAUGCAGAUCGACAGCAGGACUACUGGAGUGGCUACUAUGUAUCUAGGCCAUUCUUUAAAGCAGUUGAUCGAGUAUUGGAGCAGACGCUUCGUGCAUCAGAGAUAAUGCUUGCUUUUGUGCUAGGAAACUGCCAAAGGGCAUCGUGUGAAAAAUUCCCUACUAGUUUCUCCUACAAGUUUACUGCCGCGAAGAGGAAUCUAGCCCUUUUUCAGCAUCAUGAUGGUGUAACUGGUACUGCUAAGGAUCAUGUGGUUGAGGACUAUGGAACCCGGAUGCACGCUUCGCUUCAGGAUCUGCAAGUUUUUAUGUCCAAAGCUGUUGAAUUUCUGCUGGGGAUUCGCUAUGAUAAACUGGAACAGAAUCCCUCCAUGUUUGAGCCAGAGCAGGUGAGAUCAAGAUAUGAUGUCCAACCUGUGCAUAGAGCUAUCAAUGCUCUUGAUGGAGGUGCUCAUUCAGUUGUUUUCUUUAAUCCUUUGGAGCAAACAAGAGAUGAAAUUGUGAUGGUUAUUGUUGACAAACCAGGAGUAACAGUUCUAGAUUCGAACUGGUCUUGUGUAGAAAGUCAGGUUGCUCCUGAGUGGCAGCAUGACAGUGGCAACAUCUUUUCUGGGAGACAUCGUCUCUAUUGGCGAGCUUCUGUUCCCGCUUUGGGCUUGCAGACUUAUUACAUUGCUAACAAAUUUGUUGGAUGUGAAAAGGCCAAACAAGUGAAACUCAAGUUUAUUACCGACUCUAACCCGUUGCCAUGUCCAGCUCCAUAUGCUUGCUCAAGACUGGAAGGAGAAACAGCAGAGAUCAGGAACCAGCGGCAGACACUCACAUUUGAUGCUAAGCUUGGGUUGUUGCAUAAGGUAAGCAGCACUGGAACCGUCACCGUUGUAGGAGAAGAGAUCGGCAUGUACUCUAGUGUGGGUAGUGGUGCUUACCUUUUUAAACCAACUGGUGAGGCUCAGCCUUUAAUACGUGCUGGUGGGCAGAUGGUUAUAUCAGAGGGCCCUUUGAUGCAGGAAUUUCACUCUUAUCCGAAAACAGAGUGGACCCAAUCUCCCAUCUCUCAUAGCACUCGCAUUUAUAAUGGAGAGAACACUGUUCAGGAGCUUCUCAUUGAGAAGGAAUACCAUGUUGAGCUAAUUGGCCAGGACUUCAAUGACAAGGAACUGAUAACUAGGUUCAAGACGGAUACAGACAGCAAACAGAUCUUUUAUACUGAUUUGAAUGGUUUCCAGAUGAGCCGAAGAGAGACAUACGACAAGAUCCCUCUGCAAGGAAAUUACUAUCCAAUUCCCUCUCUUGCCUUUUUGCAGGGUUCAAAUGGUCACCGGUUUUCUGUCCAUUCUCGGCAGUCGCUGGGUGUGGCAAGCCUUAAAAAUGGUUGGCUAGAGAUUAUGUUGGACCGCCGUUUGGUUAGAGAUGAUGAUCGAGGUCUUGGACAAGGUGUAAUGGAUAACCGUCCAUUGAACAUAAUUUUCCACAUCCUUGCAGAGUCAAACAUCUCCAUGUCAGAUCCUGUUUCCACUCCACUGCCCCUCAACCCUUCUCUUCUCUCACAUCGCAUAGGCGCCCACUUGAACUACCCAAUGCACACAUUUAUAUCCAAGAAAUCACAGGAAACAUCGAAACGGCAACCACCAAGAUUCUUUUCCCCUUUAGCAGCUUCUUUACCAUGUGACUUGCAUAUAGUGAAUUUCAAGGUACCACAUCCUCUGAGAUAUUUCCAGCAGCCUCCUGUAGAUCCCAGAUUUGUUUUGAUGUUCCAGAGGAGGCAGUGGGAUUCUGCUUAUUGUCGGAAAGGAGGGACACAGUGCUCAAAGCUAGCCGAGGAGCCUGUUAACUUAUUCAACAUAUUCAAAGAUCUCGAUGUUGUGAAUGCCAGAGCAACUUCCUUGAAUCUCUUACAUGAUGACACAGAGAUGCUUGGGUAUGCUGAGCAGUUGGCGGAUGCUGAUCAGGAGGGACAUGUGUCCAUUUCUCCCAUGGAGAUACAAGCUUACAAACUAGAGCUGAAACCACACCGAUGAUUUUGGAGUAUAGUUGCUGCUCUGCAUUUCUAGUAAGAAAUCCCACUACUAAAUGAGCAUCCUUAACUGAUAUUCAAAUUACUUUGUUAGGGAAAUCACCCAAUCCUCAUGUCCUUCUGGCCUUAUCCUGAUUACGUGGAGUUCCUAAUGCAUUAAUCAAAGCAACAACUAUCAAGUAAAACUUCCUAUAUGUUUGGACCUCUCAUGCAGCAUCAAGUUAAAGCUGUAUCAAUCCUAGAAUCUGUAGUUAAAAGAUAAAGCCUGCAGAAACAACUUGCCCAAAGUUUUGCGAACUUCAUUGGUCGAGGACAUAGCUAGUUGCCCUUUAUCGUAGUCUGCUCGCUGGAAACUGUCCGGAUGAAGUUGGGUGAGUUACACAGUAGACAUGGAAUCAGCCAUUUAUCAUGGCUGUACACACAUACUUACAAUGAACUGUAAUGUGAAUGCCACUUUUUAAGGCUUUUUUUCAUCAUGGAAAACCUUUUGGUAAUACUUGAAUUGCUUGUUAGUGAUAUUUUUUCUGUGAUUGUCCUGAGUUUAUAGAAUCUUGAGCCAUGGUUUUGCUAGCUGUAUGUAUAUCACCCAAGUAGGUGGUGAUUUUGUCUCUUAGGCACUUGGUAUUGAAAUCCAAUUCAGCUGCACUUUUUUUAGUGAGCUGUUGGUGAUUGUCGGACUGAAGCUAGUUAUAGGCAAGUUAUUCGGUGGAUUCAGUGUUUUUGAGCAAGCAAAAUUUUGUAGUA